GGCAAGAGGAGCUGAAGGGAAAGUGACGGAUUUAUUUCUAAUUUAGCCUUUAUCUGCCAAGUCCACCUCUUGCAUUGCCCUGGGCUUUUCACAGGACAGCUUUAACCCUGAGGGAUCUAUCUGAGACGUUGCUUGGGACUUCUCUAUUCCUUUUUUUCAAAGAGGGGUUCAGCUGAAGAGAUAUUCGUUCCAUUCAGGCUUUGGGUGGCCAUCUGCCUCUGGUCAAGGAUCUGAGCUCGGGAGGAUGCUACGCCGACUGCAGACUUUGUUUCAAAGGAAGUUCAAAAUUCUCCUUUUCCUCCUCUUCCUCUUGGCUCUCCUGAUGCACAUGGCACUGGACUUAGCACUGCCCACCAUUCACAGCUCCUGUGGCUGUGCCCAGAAAUCUGCCAGUCCCUCUGGCCCAUUCCUGCCAGGCCCAAGGAAGAUGAGUCUACGGAUCCUCCAGGAUUUUAGUGGCAGCAACGGUUCCUUGGAGAAGGGUUCCCACUCGCUGGAGGCACGCCCAGCAGUGGGCACUGGGAGCAAGACAGUGCAUGGAGACCAGGACUUCAAGCCCCAAUGGGGAGGGGUGAAGCCGGUGUGGGCAGGAGGGUCAAAACUAGCAGCGCUCUUUAAGCAUCCCCUUUAUAGGAUCCCGAUCCCAGAGGUGUUGGAGAAAGACAAACUGUUCACUGUCAAUCCCAAAGAGAAGUUCACCCUGAGAGACAGCGGAAGUGAUGAAUGGGUCAGCAGCAGUAAAGCAGAGAUGGUCCUUCCGACAGGGAAGACCCCAUACGACACCUACCCCACCUGGCUUAAGUUCCAUAUCAGCAUCAAUCGCUACGAGCUAUACCCCCACCAGGACCCCAUCACCCACACCCUGUUGGAGGAGCUGGCCACGCAGAAAAUUGUUGGCUCAGUCCAGAAACCUGGAGGGACCCAGCUGAAACUAAUCAUGACGUUCCCAAACUAUGGGCAGGCGCUCUUCAAACCCAUGAAGCAAACCCGGGACCAGGAGACCCCAGCAGAUUUUUUUUACUUCUCAGACUUUGAACGGCACAAUGCAGAAAUAUCAGCCUUCCACCUGGACCGGAUCCUGGAUUUCCGGAGAAUCCCCCCCGUUUCUGGCCGCUUGGUGAAUAUAAGCAAUGAAGUUCGUGACAUCACAACUGACAAGAAGCUGGCUAAAACUUUCUUCAUCUCUCCAGCUGGCAACGUCUGCUUCUACGGUGAGUGCUCUUACUACUGCUCCACGGAACAUGCCCUGUGUGGCAAACCUGACCAGCUCGAGGGCUCCAUGGCAGCCUUGCUGCCUGACAAGUCCCUGGCCAAACGUCACUCCUGGCGCAGCCCCUGGAGGCGUUCUUACCACAAGAGCAAGAAAGCUGAGUGGGAGCUGAACCAGAAUUACUGCACCCAAGUGCGGGAGACGCCACCCUAUGACAGAGGCUCCCGCCUGCUUGACCUCAUUGACAUGACUGUGCUUGACUUUCUAAUGGGUAACAUGGAUCGGCAUCACUACGAGACCUUUGAGAAGUUUGGUAACGACACUUUCCUGCUGCACCUGGACAACGGGCGAGGAUUUGGAAGACAUUCUCAUGAUGAAAUGUCCAUCUUGGCCCCUCUCCAGCAGUGCUGCAGUAUAAAGAAAUCAACAUACUUGCGCCUGCAGCUGCUGGCUACGGAAGCCUAUCGCCUCAGUGAUGUCAUGCGGGAGUCACUGGCCUCCGACCGCCUCUCCCCAAUCCUAUCAGAGCCUCACUUGGAGGCACUGGACCGGCGCCUCCAGAAGGUGUUGGACAUGGUGAGGGAGUGUAUGGUGAAGGGAAGCCACAAGGAGGUGCUGGUGGAUGACAUGGGGAAUCGUAAACACGGGAUACGGCGGCGCAAAGAGGAGAGGCGAGCACAAGUGUGACAGGGAUGGUUAGGCACCCCCUUGCCUCUACACUACUCCCCAAGGCUGCCUCUGCCAUCAGGAUUCUCGCUAAAUGGCAGGCAAGACUGGUGCCUAACCCAAAAGCCCUUGUUGAUUGUCUAUAGCAGGGGUGUAGCCCCUGUGUCCCAAACCCACCCCAAAAGCAAGAAUGAUUUUGGGGUUCAGAGUGUCUCACGCACCGCUAUUUGUCCCCAGUUUGGUUUAACUACCUUUCAGUCUCUCUCAAAAGCUAAUGAUAAGCUUCAUUUAUUUGUAUCACUUUUAUCACUGUGUGGAACAUGCUCUUCUAUAGGUACUGGUAUGUGUCCUUGCAAUUUUGUGUCGUAAGUCAUAACUUAAUCAAAAAGUUAUAGCCUGAUCCCUAGUUAAGGACUAUUUUGCCUGUGGUAUGCAGGCCUAAUGAACAGGGGGAAGGCAAAACUACUGGGUAUUAGGGACUGAUUGCUUUACAAAGACAAGAGCAAUUACCACUCCCACACACAUGGCAGAAAGGGCUAUUGUUGUAAUGGGCACCCAAAAUAGGGAUGAUUUUAAUCUGCCUGCAAGGAGAAACAUCGGCCCCAGGACAACAAGUGCAUUCCAGGGAGAUGGGCCAGUACAGGGGAGAAUUCCAGACA